UCAACAACUCGCGGGAAGUGCCGCAAACAAUCCCAAGCAUUCUUCGUGCUCUCACAGACAAAUUUCUCGAAUAUUUCGGUGCCUGGUCUGUCCAAAAAUUUGAUAGCUACAACUAAUGAUGUCUGUAGUAUUCAGCAGCUUCUAUGACAUCCAGCGCCUUCGAUAUAACUAGUAGAUCUUCGCUUCGAAAAACGAUACCAAUGAGCCGCCGCAAUGACCGGCCUUGGCAAAAAAAUUGAACAUCAACCUGAGUAUCAGGCGGAAUUUUUCCGAAAAAAUGAAGAGAGGAAAAUAUUUUUUUAUAAUGUUAUAGAAAACGAUUUCUCUGACGUUCAAAGCCUUUUUUUCUCAUUACUCUGAGAACGAGCAGUCGGCGGGUUAGGGUACUAUAUAUAGCUGAACCCCUCAGCGCGUCCCAUUCGAGUACCCUUUGUUUUUUGAUCAAUCAAGAGCCAUGCCGGAAUCCGGCAUGAGAACAUGCGAUUCGAACAGUACUUGUAUCAGGCCCUUGUCUUGUUUCUCGCCGGCGCGAUAGAGACAUAGGAGGGCCUGGUUCUCAUUUUAGUGAUUAUCGGUCGAGCUAUCCAGAGGAUAUUUUGAUCUGUAAUUUUCUGGUCCGCGCCGCCAGGAUUACAUCGCUACUACAAAUGGAAACUAGAUAAUGAGUUGGUGGGACUUCAAGUGCGACGCUGACAAACACUCCGACAAUGAGCGCGCCAAAGAUGCCAUAAACAUCACUAUAUUCCACUGGGGAAUUCAUGGCUGGAUCGCCUACACGCUUGUUGGUCUCAUUCUGGCCUUCCUCUCACAUCGCAAGGGCAUGCCCAUGACCAUGAGAUCCUGCUUUUAUCAGGCGAUUGGAGAACGAAUCUACGGCACCUUCGGUGACAUGGUCGAUAUUCUGUCGAUUGUGUGCACUAUGUUUGGCGUGUGUACGAGCCUCGGUCUCGGAGUGAUCCAACUCAAUGCUGGCUUUAGCAGACUCAACCCGAGUAUCGGGGAAAGUAAAGAAAACCAAGUCAUCAUCAUAUGGUGCAUCACCGCAAUGGCCACAGCCUCAGUGGUCAGCGGUGUUAAGCUGGGGAUCAGACGCCUUAGCGAGAUUUGUUUCUCUGUAGGAAUCUUCAUGUAUCUUAUUGUACUCUUCUAUGGCGACACGUGGUACUUUCUGAACGUGUUCGUCCAGAGCAUCGGUUACUAUCUGCAGACCUUUAUCCAGCUCGGCUUCCACACCGACGCCUUCGCACAAGCUGGAAAUGCCCCGGAUGAAAAGCAAGCUCCUGAUUGGAUGAACAGCUGGACUAUAUUCUACUGGGGCUGGUGGAUCUCAUGGUCCCCAUUUGUUGGGAUUUUCAUCGCGAAAAUUUCACGCGGCCGCACGAUUAAGGAAUUCAUCACGUACACGCUAACGAUCCCGGUCACCUACAUCGUGAUGUGGUUUUCGACGUUCGGCGCAGCGGGAAUCAAGAUGGAGCGGGACGCAGCACUCGCGGGUAUCGAGUGCAACUCGACACUAGGCGGUGCCAUGGCAACAGAGUCUCUCAACGGACUUUUCCGACUUUCGUGUCGAAGCUCGACAAGUAUGUGGUUUGAUUUGAUCUCGCAGUUCCAAGGCAUUUCUGCUUUCCUCACUGGCCUAUCCCUUGUGUGUUUGGUUCUUUACUUUGUCACAAGCUCCGACAGUGGCUCGCUCGUGAUUGACAGCCUCUCAGCCAAUGGCCAUCCAGAUCCACCUGUCACUCAGCGCAUAUUCUGGGCUUUGACUGAGGGCGCUACGGCUACGGCGUUACUGUGGGCGGAAGGGAAAGAAGCGUUGAAUGCUCUCCAAGCAGCAUCUGUUUGCUCAGGCCUCUUCUACACCGUCAUUCUCAUCUUUUUCUGCGUCUGUUUCUGGAGGACUCUGAAGAUCGAAUUCGGGGACUUGGAUCCUAAUGGCCCACAGUUCACCAUGAGCAUGCUUGAUGUCAUCUACAGGCCAUCUCUACGCCGAUUGGCUAAACUCCUGGUUGCCACGGUGGCCCCGUGGUUUCCGUUUGGCAAGGCUUCCAGCAAGAUAAACAACAGCAAGCCUUUUGUUACAGUGGUUGUUCUUGCCAUUCCCUUUUACGCAUUUGUGUUUUUGGAAAUCUUACAAGUCGUCGAGACAGGACUUGGUUAUAUCGGCUGGUCGAUAUAUAUGGGUUUUGUCGCCUACGCCACAGGAAUUAGGAUCACCAUUCGGGAAAAGUAUGGUAUCUAUGGCAACUUGUUGGAGGAUUUUUUUGCCACGAUGUUCGUAUACCCAUUAAGUGCGCUGCAACUUGAAGACCAUAUGGAGUGCUACAAACCAGUCGCUAAUGGUGACAUUAAUGACAAUCCACACCGAGAAUUUAUGUUAGAGGCAAUUAUAGAUACAUAAACGGUCCGUGUAGCUGGACGUAAGAUUAAGGGGAGGUGGAAGGCCUUAAGGCUUAGCUGAUUUCACCGAAAAAUAUUAGAGACAGCUAAUACUUAAAGGGCCGGUGUAGCUGGAUUAAGAUUAAUGAUUUUUUGUUGGGGGCGUUAUAACGACUUAGUUCACAGAUUAAUUAUAUUAGUGGCACUUUUAGAUACUUAAAGGGCCAGUGUAGCUGUAUAUAAUAAUAUUUUUUUUAUGGGGGGGCGGGGGGAGGAGAAGGGAGGAAGCUAGGGGGCGUUAACGCUAAACUGAUUUCACCGAGAACUUGUUAUAGAUACU